AUGCAACAUGUCGAAAUUACUGACGAAGAACACCUAGUUCGGUUCUACGGGCUGUUGGGCCUCAGUGUCAUUCAGAAGCUUUCGUUCCCGGAGAACAGCUUCGAUCUCUAUUUCCUUGGCAACGAUGCUCCGACGGCCCCCUCGCAUGGGAAAUUUACAUUUGACCGUCAGGGCCUCAUCGAACUAACCCACAACUACGGCACUGAAGAUGAACCCGGCUUCACUGUUAGCAACGGGAAUUCUGAGCCGUAUCUCGGCUUUGCACGCUUCACAAUCUCGGUCAAUGAUGUGCAAGCCGCCUCCAAAGUGUUGAGGGAUGCGGGCUAUAGUUUCCGGCAGGACCCUUGUAGCAGCAACACAACGUCGGUGAUUGCUUUGGAUCCCGAUGGUUAUUGGGUCCAGCUCAUCGAACAACAUGUGCCACGACUGUCCCCGGGUACAGAGAGCUAUUGGAGCCAUCGCACAAAUCAGAUUGUGCUCCGAGUCAAGGAUGCGGAAGUAUCUAUUCGUUACUACGUUGAAACGUUGGGCAUGAGCCUUGUCAACAGUAUCAACAACAGCGUGGAGGGAUCGACAUUGUAUUUGCUCGGCUACCCCUCCGAGGGUCCAUUCAAGGACGGCCAAGACGUCUCAGCACGAGAAGGAAUGCUUGGUCUGCUAUGGCAUCAUGGCACUGAGAAGAAGGACGGGUUUCGGUACCACAAUGGAAACGAGCACCCGCAAGGAUUUGGUCACAUAUGUGUUACCGUCGACGACAUCAAUGCAGCAUGCGAGAGACUGGAGAGUCUCGGGGUUGCGUGGAAGAAGCGGCUCACCGACGGGAAAAUGAAGAACGUAGCCUUCCUUCUUGACCCGGACAACUAUUGGGUGGAACUCGUUCAGAAUGAGCGUUUCACAGGCAAAGCAAAUUUCUAG